AUGUCAUGCAGAUUGAAUGCAGAGGCCAACGUGUGUGUGUGUGUGUGCGCGCGCGUGCGCACGCGUGUGCUUUAAAGCCCCACUCCCAGAAUAUGAAGUGAGUGUGAAGGGCGCCACAAUAACCCUGGAUCUGUCAAGAAUGUACCUAUUUUUAACAAACUGGAUCAAGUGUCAGCACUCAAUAGGAGAUGAAGAAGGGGGUAGAAACUGUUCUACGGAUCCAGCGGAUGGUAAACGGCCCUCUGGCAUGUUUACAGUACAGCUGUGCUUCCUUAAUGGCUCUGCCCCUGCCAUGCCAGUGCAGCUGUCUGCUUCGGGAAGUGAGGUCUACAGCAACGAGGAGAAUCUUCCAGAGCUGCCUCGCACUGUGACAUGUCUGAGCCCUUGCUCCAGUCCCUGCAACAUGAACAAGGGUGUGAACGGCAUGUCUGUGGAUGAGAAGCCUGACUCCCCCAUGUAUGUGUAUGAGUCCACAGUCCACUGCACCAACAUCCUCCUGGGCCUCAAUGACCAACGGAAAAAGGAUAUUCUCUGUGACGUGACUCUGAUCGUGGAAAGGAAGGAGUUCCGGGCCCACCGGGCUGUGCUGGCCGCAUGCAGUGAAUACUUCUGGCAGGCGCUGGUUGGACAGACGAAAAAUGACUUGGUGGUCAGCUUGCCUGAGGAGGUCACGGCCAGGGGCUUCGGGCCGCUGUUACAGUUUGCCUACACCGCCAAGCUAUUACUCAGCAGAGAAAACAUCCGCGAGGUCAUCCGCUGCGCCGAGUUCCUGCGCAUGCAUAACCUGGAGGACUCCUGCUUCAGCUUCCUGCAGACCCAGCUCCUGAACAGCGAGGAUGGCCUGUUCGUGUGCCGUAAGGACGCUGCGUGCCCCCGCGCGCACGAGGACCGUGAGAACUCCGCGGGGGAGGAGGAGGAGGAAGAGGAGGAGACGAUGGACUCGGACACGGCCAAGGUGGCUUGCCCCAGGGACCAGAUGCUUCCAGACCCCAUCAGCUUUGAGGCCGCUGCCAUCCCAGUAGCAGAGAAGGAAGAAGCUUUGCUGCCCGAGUCCGAUGUGCCGCCCGACAGCAAGGAGAGCUCCGAGAAGGACGCGUUAAGGCAGUACCCCAGAUACAAGAAAUACCAGCUUGCAUGUACCAAGAAUGUCUAUAAUGCAUCAUCACACAGUACCUCAGGUUUUGCAAGCACAUUCAGUGAAGAUAACUCUGGCAACAGCCUCAAGCCGGGGCUUGCCAUGGGGCAGAUUAAAAGUGAGCCGCCCAGUGAAGAGAACGAGGAAGAGAGCAUCGCGCUCUGCCUGUCCGGAGAUGAGCCUGACAUCAAGGACAGAGCGGGGGACGUCGAAAUGGACCGGAAACAGCCCAGCCCUGCCCCCGCCCCCGCCCCCCCUGCCGGGGCCACCUGCCUGGAGAGAUCCGGGAGUGUGUCCUCCCCCUCCUGCUUAAGGUCUCUGUUCAUAACAAAAAGUGUGGAGUUGUCUGGCCUGCCCGGUACCUCUCAGCAGCACUUUGCCAGGAGUUCAGCGUGCCCUUUUGACAAGGGGAUCACUCAGGGUGACCUUAAAACUGACUACACCCCUUUCCCGGGGAGUUACGGACAGCCCCACCUGGGCCAGAAGGACGUGUCCAACUUCACCAUGGGGUCGCCCCUCAAGGGGCCUGGGUUGGAGGCUCUCUGUAAACAGGAAGGAGAGCUGGACCGGAGAAGUGUGAUCUUCUCCUCGAGCGCUUGUGACCAAGUGAGCACUGCGGUGCAUUCAUAUUCUGGGGUAAGCAGUUUGGACAAAGACCUCUCUGAGCCGGUGCCAAAGGGUCUGUGGGUGGGGGCUGGCCAGUCCCUCCCCAGCUCACAGGCCUACUCCCACGGUGGGCUGAUGGCUGACCAUUUGCCAGGAAGGAUACGGCCCAACACUAGCUGCCCGGUGCCAAUCAAAGUCUGCCCUCGCUCGCCCCCCUUGGAGACCAGGACCAGGACCUCCAGCUCGUGCUCUUCCUAUUCCUACGCAGAGGACGGGAGUGGGGGCUCACCCUGCAGCCUCCCUCUCUGUGAGUUCUCCUCCUCGCCCUGUUCCCAGGGAGCCAGAUUCCUUGCCACAGAACAUCAGGAACCAGGCCUGAUGGGAGAUGGAAUGUACAACCAAGUCCGACCCCAAAUUAAAUGUGAGCAGUCUUAUGGAACCAACUCCAGCGACGAAUCCGGAUCGUUCUCGGAAGCAGACAGUGAGUCGUGUCCUGUGCAGGACAGGGGCCAGGAGGUCAAACUUCCCUUUCCUGUAGAUCAAAUCACAGAUCUUCCAAGGAAUGAUUUCCAGAUGAUGAUUAAGAUGCACAAGCUAACCUCAGAACAGUUAGAGUUCAUUCACGACGUCCGACGGCGCAGCAAGAACCGCAUCGCGGCCCAGCGCUGCCGCAAGAGGAAACUGGACUGUAUUCAGAACUUAGAAUGUGAAAUCCGCAAAUUGGUGUGUGAGAAAGAGAAGCUGUUGUCAGAGAGGAACCAGCUGAAAGCCUGCAUGGGGGAGCUGCUGGACAACUUCUCCUGCCUUUCCCAGGAAGUGUGCCGCGACAUCCAGAGCCCCGAGCAGAUCCAGGCCCUGCACCGGUACUGCCCCGUCCUCAGACCCGUGGGCCUCCCCGCAGCCUCCAGUAUUAACCCUGCGCCCUUGAGCGUGGAGCAGAACCUGGCCGCCUCCCAGGGCGCGGUGGGGGAAAGCGCCCCCUGCUGCCUGGAGCCGGGAGCGGCUCCCCCCGGGCCCCCCUGGGUGCCCGGCAACACCUCGGAAAACUGUACUUCCGGGAGGAGGCCGGAAGGCGCUGACCCCGGAACCUUCUCGGAGAGAGGGCCUCCUCUUGAAUCCAGGAGCCAGACGGUGACCGUGGAUUUCUGCCAGGAAAUGACCGAUAAGUGUACGACCGACGAACAGCCCAGGAAAGAUUACACCUAG